ACUAUCCACCAGGUACUCCAAGUUGUGGAUGCGUUGCAAAACGGGAAGCUGAGCCAAACAAGCCAGCGAAGCGCACAAACACUGGCAAAGACAGACAAGAAGCGACGACGACUUUGCUGAGGGGUUAUUGAAACACGCUCAACACAGAAGAACCGGGAGACUGCUGCCAUGACUGACCCCAACAGCGUCAUUGUGUGCGACAACGGCACUGGCUUUGUCAAGUGCGGUUAUGCACGCUCCAACUUCCCGUCCCACGUGUUCCCGUCCCUCGUGGGUCGCCCCAUCGUGCGCAGCUCCACCCGUGUCGGUGACAUUGAAGUCAAGGACAUUAUGGUUGGCGAGGAAGCGUCACAGCUCCGCUCCAUGCUUGAGGUGAGCUACCCGAUGGACAACGGUAUCGUCCGCAACUGGGAGGACAUGGAGCUCGUCUGGGACCACACCUUCUACGAGAAGAUGAAGAUCGACCCAACACAAUCAAAGGUUCUGUUGACAGAGCCGCCGCUGAACCCGAAGAAGAACCGCGAGAAGAUGAUCACCACCAUGUUCGAGAAGUACCAGUUCCAGGGCGUGCACAUUGCUGUGCAGGCCGUCCUCACACUCUACGCACAAGGUCUUCAAACCGGUGUUGUGAUUGACAGCGGCGAUGGCGUGACACACAUUGUUCCCGUGUACGAGGGCUUUGCGCUUCCCCAUCUCACCCGCCGCCUCAACAUUGCCGGCCGCGACAUCACCAAAUACAUGAUCAAGCUGAUGCUGCGUCGCGGGUAUGUGUUCAACGCAUCUGCCGACUUUGAGACGGUGCGGGAAAUCAAGGAGAAGCUGUGCUACGUUGCAUACGACAUUGAGACAGAGCAGCGGCUGGCCAACGAGACGACGGUGCUUGUGGAGAACUACACGCUGCCCGACGGCCGCGUGAUCAAGGUUGGCGGCGAGCGGUUCAGCGCACCGGAGGCACUCUUCCAGCCGCACCUCAUCGACGUCGAGGGCAUGGGCGUCUCCGAACUCCUCUUCGACUGCAUCCAGUCUGCGGACAUUGACACGCGCCCUGAGUUUUACAAGCACAUUGUGCUGUCUGGCGGCAGCACGAUGUAUCCUGGCCUGCCGAGCCGCCUUGAGCGUGAGGUGAAGCAGCUGUACCUGGAGCGCGUGCUGAAGGGCAACACAGAGGCGCUGUCCAAGUUCAAGAUCCGCAUUGAGGACCCGCCGCGCCGCAAGCACAUGGUCUUCCUCGGCGGCUCUGUGCUCGCAGACCUCAUCAAGGACAACCCGGAUGCAUGGAUCUCCAAGCAGGAGUACGAGGAGCAGGGCCUCAGGUGCCUGGAGAAGUUUGGCGUCUCCGCUUGAGCAGUGCACUUGCUGCUACUGUAUGUUGUUGCUGCUGCUACUGUCGCUCACAUGUGUCCUUUGUGCUUGCUCAUGGUGUGUGAGUACGUGUGCGUGUGUCUGCAACAACAAGUGUGUUGUGUGUGUGUGUGUGUGUGUCAUUUUUUCUUCUGUGCUGUUGAUUGGUCACCGUCGGUGCGUUACAUUAGUCCCCCACACACCUCUCCUUGAUCUGUUUCAUUGGCUUCCUUCUCUUCUUCCCCCUUCUCUCAUUUUCCUUCCUUCUUUCUUCCUCUCUGCUGCUUCACCAUUGACUCGUCCAUCAUGUGCGCUUGUGAGGGGUGCGACCGGUGCGUGCGUCGUGUGUUUCUCCGUGUUGUUUUUCGUGUGUGUGUGUGUGUGUGUGUUUUUGGGAGGGGACAGGGUGGGAACACCUCUCCCUCGCUUUGUCUCUCUCCCUUCCUCCGCCUCCGCUGCCCUUGGUCUUGUCUGUUGUGUUCAUUGUGCGUGUGUAACUCUCGUGUCGGUGGCGGUGGCGGUGGUGAUUGUAACGAUGCCAUCAUGAAUGAAGCAGUUGCUCGCA